AAUGAGCUCGCGCCGCGUCCGGGGCCGGCUGGUGCGCGAGACGCCACCGAGAGGUUGGUGGCUAAUGUAACAGUUUGCAGAGCAGGGGAGUUGUGAAGGGCGCGGGCUUGGGGGCGCGCUGCCGGCUUCGGGGCUACGUCGGCUGGCGCGUUUGUCCUGGUGGAGCAGAGGCAAGAGGGCCAUGAUGACAGCCGCGCUCAGAAGGCAGAGGCCGAGGAGGCUAGCCUGUUGGGCUUUGAUGACCGUGCUCUUGGCAGACUUGUUGGCUUUGAGUGACACACUGGCAGUGAUGUCUGUGGACCUGGGCAGUGAGUCGAUGAAGGUGGCCAUUGUCAAACCUGGGGUGCCCAUGGAAAUUGUCUUGAACAAGGAAUCCCGGAGGAAAACCCCAGUAACAGUAACUCUGAAAGAAAAUGAAAGAUUAUUUGGAGACAGUGCAGCAAGCAUGGCCAUCAAGAAUCCAAAGGCCACACUGCGGUACUUCCAGCACCUGCUAGGGAAGAAGGCAGAUAAUCCCCAUGUGGCCCUGCACCGGACACGUUUCCCAGAGCACGAGUUAGGUGUCGACCCCCAGAGACAGACUGUACACUUCCAGAUUAGCCCGCAGCUGCAGUUUUCACCUGAGGAGGUAUUGGGCAUGCUUCUCAAUUACUCCCGUUCCCUGGCUGAAGAUUUUGCAGAGCAGCCCAUCAAGGAUGCGGUGAUCACUGUGCCGGCCUUCUUCAACCAGGCCGAGCGCCGAGCUGUGCUGCAGGCUGCUCGCAUGGCUGGUCUCAAAGUGCUACAGCUCAUCAAUGACAACACUGCCACUGCCCUCAGCUAUGGUGUUUUCCGCAGGAAAGAUAUCAAUACCACUGCCCAGAAUGUCAUGUUCUAUGACAUGGGUUCAGGCAGCACCGUGUGCACCAUUGUGACCUACCAGACAGUGAAGACCAAGGAGGCAGGGAUGCAGCCACAGCUACAGAUCCGAGGAGUUGGAUUUGACCGCACACUGGGGGGCCUGGAGAUGGAGCUCCGGCUGCGUGAGCAUCUGGCUGGCCUUUUCAAUGAGCAACGGAAGGGCCAGAAAUCAAAGGAUGUGCGGGAAAACCCUCGUGCUAUGGCCAAGCUGCUACGUGAGGCCAACAGACUCAAGACCGUCCUGAGUGCUAAUGCUGAUCACAUGGCCCAGAUCGAGGGCUUAAUGGACGAUGUGGACUUCAAGGCAAAAGUGACUCGAGCAGAGUUUGAGGAAUUGUGUACGGACCUGUUUGAGCGGGUGCCAGGGCCUGUGCAGCAUGCCCUCCAGAGUGCAGAGAUGAGCUUGGAUGAAAUUGAGCAGGUGAUCCUGGUAGGUGGAGCUACUCGAGUGCCCAAAGUCCAGGAGGUACUGCUGAAGGCCGUGGGCAAGGAGGAGCUAGGAAAGAACAUUAAUGCAGAUGAAGCUGCUGCAAUGGGGGCUGUGUACCAGGCAGCUGCCCUCAGCAAAGCCUUCAAGGUGAAGCCAUUUGUAGUUCGGGAUGCAGUAGUCUACCCUAUUCUGGUGGAGUUCACACGAGAGAUGGAGGAGGAACCUGGAGUUCGUAGCCUAAAGCACAAUAAACGAGUGCUCUUCUCUCGGAUGGGACCAUACCCUCAACGCAAAGUCAUCACCUUUAACCGCUACAGCAACGAUUUCCAUUUCCACAUCAACUACGGUGACCUGGGCUUCCUGGGUCCUCAGGAUCUUCGGGUAUUUGGCUCCCAGAAUCUGACCACAGUGAAGCUCAAAGGCGUGGGUGAGAGCUUCAAGAAGUAUCCUGACUAUGAGUCCAAAGGCAUCAAGGCCCACUUCAACCUGGACGAGAGUGGCGUGCUGAGCUUAGACCGGGUCGAGUCUGUUUUUGAAACUCUGGUGGAGGACAGUCCAGAGGAGGAGUCCACGCUUACCAAACUUGGCAACACUAUUUCUAGCCUGUUUGGAGGUGGUUCCACACCAGAUGCCAAAGAAAAUGGUACAGAUAUUGUCCAGGAGGAAGAGGAAGCCCCUGCUGAAAGGAAUAAAGAUGAUGCUGGGGAGCAAGCAGAGCUCAAGGAAGAAGCUGAGGCCCCGUCAGGGGACACCUCUCAGCCUCCACCACCUGAGCCUAAAGGGGACACAGCCCCUGAUGGAGAGAAAGCUACAGGAAAAGAAAAUGAGGAGAAACCUGAGACCCAGAAGCCAAGUGAGAAGGAAGAGGCAGGACCUGAGCGUGUCCCUCCAGUACCUGAGGAAGAAAAGAAGCAGAAGCCUGCCCGGAAACAGAAAACUGUGGAGGAGAUUGGAGUGGAGCUGGUUGUAUUGGAUCUGCCUGACUUGCCAGAGGACGAGCUUGUUCGUUCAGUGCAGAAACUGCAGGACUUGACGCUCCGAGACCUCGAGAAGCAGGAACGAGAGAAAGCCGCCAACAGCCUAGAAGCAUUCAUCUUUGAGACCCAGGACAAGCUGUACCAGCCCGAGUACCAGGAAGUGUCCACUGAGGAGCAUCGUGAGGAGAUCUCCGGGAAGCUCAGUGCUGCUUCCACUUGGCUGGAGGAUGAGGGCUUCGGGGCCACCACAGUGAUGCUGAAGGAGAAGCUGACUGAGCUGAAGAAGCUAUGCCAAGGGCUCUUUUUCCGGGUAGAGGAGCGCAGGAAGUGGCCUGAACGAUUAUCUGCUCUCGAUAAUCUCCUCAACCAUUCCAGCAUGUUCCUCAAGGGGGCCCGGCUUAUUCCAGAGAUGGACCAGAUCUUCACAGAGGUGGAAAUGACAACGUUGGAGAAAGUCAUCAAUGAGACCUGGGUCUGGAAGAACACAACCAUGGCCGAGCAAGCCAAGCUGCCUGCCACAGAGAAGCCCGUGUUGCUUUCAAAAGACAUUGAGUCCAAAAUGAUGGCUCUGGACCGUGAAGUGCAGUAUCUGCUCAAUAAAGCUAAGUUUGCCAAGCCACGGCCACGGCCCAAGGACAAGAAUGGGACCCGAGUAGAGCCUCCCCUCAAUGCCAGUGCUGGUGACCAGGGGGAGAAGGUCAUCCCUCCGCCAGGUCAGGCUGAAGAUGCAAAACCUGUUGCAGAACCUGGGACAGAGACUGGGCCUGAACCAAUAGAAGAUGAACCUCUGGAGUUAGGACGUCCUGGAGCAGAAUCUGAACAGAAAGAGCAGUCGGCAGAACAGAAGCGGACUUUGAAGAAUGAUGAGCUAUAACCCCACCUCCCCAUCAUCCCUGCCCCUUUCUCCCACCACCUCUAUUUAUUAAACACUGAGGUGAGGAGGAGAGGUCAGCCUGCCCUCAGGGGCUCAUUCCUUCUCUCACUUGUGACUGGAGGUACAGAGAAGGGAAAAGAGGGGACAGCUCACCAGUUC